UACAGGUGCCGGACACAAAUACAAAAUGUCUAGAGAAGACUUUCUCCCCAAUGUCACCCUGUCUCCAGACCCUGCCAUGUACAGGCCAAGACCAUCCUCUGAAAAGACACAGGAUAUUUCUCAUUUGUUGACAAGCCUUUUCAAAAAUGUAUACACUGGGGAAAUAAUUGGCAAAGAUACAGGAGCUAAUCUGAUUCGGUCUAAGGGAGGAGACAACCCUCAUCAUCAGAAGUUUGUGGAGGAGCUGCAGCAGGUUCGUACAGAAUAUGAUCGCAGAAUGGAGGAGUGUAAUAUGGUAGAGCGUCACAUCAUCGAGGCACGAGCACGGGCUGCAGCAGAGGAGGAACGAUUGCUUCACUGCCUGAAGAAUGAAGCAGACGACACAUACCAAAACCUAGGGUUGCCUCCAGUUGAGUCAUGUUUCCGAUGGUGUGUUGAUAAUAAUCUGCUCAAAAAACAUAAGCUCAUCUCUCCUGAAGACUACAUUACUGAUGUGCUUCCUAUUAGCAAGGCUCCUAAAGGCUUUUCAGAUCCCUCACUUUACAAAGAGACGGUCAGCUUCCAUCAACACGUAUCCAGAAGCCCUGUAGAUGAUGGUUACUGUGACCCAUCAGCUCCAGAAAUAGGAUUAAGGGGCCUUCUUGAAGCUUCUUCCUCUAGCUUGACAUUAUCAUCUACCUGUGAUUCUGAAGAACAAAGUCGGAAGAAAUCAAGUAAGAAAUCUGCACCAUCAAAAAAGAGAUUACAGAAGACCGAGAUGAAUGCUGAGGACAGAGAGGCAGAGCGUGCUCAGUUGGCUCAACUAGAGAAGCGUCACAAUUUCCUAAAAAACCCACGCUUUUUACCACCAAACAGCCUGCAUGGUGGACGGUCUCUCAUUAUACCUACAAAGAAAAGAGAAGCAUUGAUAUCUGGAAGGAAAAGAGUGAUCGAAGACCAUGAUCCAAAUGAGCCAAUACCAAUAUUCCUAGCUAACCCGUCUAUUAUCUUCUUCCUAGAAUAUGAGAUUGGACAGAUAUAUGAGAUGACGGUGGAGUUAAGGAACAUGACAGCAUCAAGUCGUCACGUGAGGAUCAUCCCCCCUUCCUCUCCAUAUUUCUCUGUUGGGCUUGGGAAGUUUCCUGGAGAAGGUGGAAUUGUAGCCCCGGGUAUGAGUUGUCAGUAUACAGUGCGUUUUGUUCCUGAUUCUUUGGCUGACUUUGAGGAUUUCAUAUUGGUGGAGUCUCAAGCACCAUAUCCAGUUUUAGUCCCUAUUGAAGCAAGGAGGCCACCUCCAAUACUUACUUUGCCUCGGAUCCUGGACUGUGGUCCGUGCCUUGUCGGAGGAGUAAAAAUCUUUGAAUGUCUCUGCAGGAAUGAGGGGCUGAGUCGUGGAAGCUUCUGCAUUAUGCCCAAAAGUAUCUGGCCUCCAGCAAACUUCAGAAAUAUAGCAACAGCGGGAUUUGUUGAACAGGCACCCUUCGGAAUCCACCCUGCCCUGUUUGAACUCUAUCCUGGACAAGAAACCGUUAUUGAGGUUGUCUUCUUCCCUUCAUCCUCGGAGACCUACAGCCAGGAUUUUACCAUUGUCUGUGAUAACUGCCAGGUCAAUGAUCUUACACUGAGAGGAUAUGGACAGCUUGUGGGCUUAGAGCUGGUGUCUGUCAGUGAUGGUAAAAGCACUUCAUGUCCUGAUGAGCGUACGGAUGUCAAAGCUGAACAUUUAAUAUGUUUUCCCAGUACAAAUUUACAUUCCACGGUGCAAAAGAGCAUUGUCAUUAGAAACACAACGCAUGUGGAGCUUCCAUUCUACUGGCAGAUUAUGAAGCCAUAUUUACAAACUUUACAACCAGGAGAAGCUGUAGAUAUGGCGAAAAUUAAGAAUAACGUUGAUGCAAAUACUGCUUUCAUGAUUAUCCCCCUGCAAGGCGUCCUGCAGCCUCAUCAAGACCACAUGUUCAAAGUGAUGUACACUCCCACUAAGCUAAUCGAAUAUCACAGUGUUGCUCAGAUGGUAUUAAGCGACAUCCCAAGGAAUCCAAGUGCAAAUAAACAUCCAAUGAGCAUUGCAGAACUGACUCCUACAGUAAAUGAUGUCAUUGUCCUCGAUCUAGAAUUCAAGGGGACCACAGAGCCAUUUCAUUUAGUUCUGGAGCCUUAUGUAAUCAUCUUUUCUGGAGAAAGUUUCAUUGACACCACUAUGAGGAAGAAGUUUAUAAUGUGGAAUAACAGCAAAUCCUCUAUCCAGUUUGAGUGGGAUAACAUUACAGCUCCGAACAUCAUCCAGAUUGAGCCACAUAAUGGAAGCAUUGAGCCCAGUAAUUUCUCUGAAUUUGAACUGAUCGUCACUGGAUUACAGACUGGAUCCUGUAGAGAGAAUGUGAAUUGCCACAUAUUACAUUCUCCGGAGACCGUGGUGCUACACAUGGAAGCCAAUUUUAAGGGCCCAGCGGUUUCAAUAGCCAUCCCAUCACUCGACUUGGAACUCAUAAAGCUUGGCACUAAAGUUCUCAGCACCUUUUUCAUUGAAAAUAUGAGUUCACUGGCUGCAAAGUGGAAGAUGUGUGAGAGCAGAGUCUGUCUUACCGAGCGAGGAGAAGAGGAGUCCCAGUUUUCCAUUGCGCCUGACUGUGGAGUGUUAGCCCCUCUGGGUACAGCACAAGUUUCAGUCCUAUUUAAACCCUUGACCUGUCAGAGGCUAAGGACAGUUUUGGAAUUGAAGGUGGAGAAUGGUGAAGGGAGCUACUUGCCGGUUGUUGCUGAUGUACAGGUGCCCCAGGUUUGUCUCCUUAACAGCUGCUUAGUGUUUCCUGAGAUCUAUUUUGGAGUCCCAGCUCAAUCUACAGUAAAAAUGUUCAAUCAAGGGCGACUGCCAGCAUCUUUUUCAUGGGAAGAGCUGACUAGUAGUCAUCCCACAAUAUAUUCAGCCACUGUAACUCCAUCAAGUGGUUUGUUGGGACCUAACGAAGAGGCUGAGAUGUGCGUGACUCUGACACUUCAUACAUUGGAUGAACUGAAUGACAUACCUUUGUGCUGCCGUGUAGAAGAUAUGAAGGAUCCUCUGGUCCUGAAUAUAAAAGCUAAAGCCCAUGGAUUGCGUGUCACCUACUCCCUUCCUGUUGAACAAGAGAGUUUUAAAGAUGCAGCUUCCACAUCUCCACAAGAACUGCUGUUAGAUUUUGGAUCAGAGGUGGUUCUGCAUAGCACAGUGCAACAGACACUUAUCCUCACCAAUCACACUGGUAUAUCUGCUCCAUUCUCUGUUCAAGCAGCAUACUUCACUGGAUGUCCCCUUCCAAAGGUGUCAGUAAGCGAAAAUUCUACAGUGUCUGUCAUGCAAAGGAUGGCCAGGUUUGCAGAGCAAGCAGUCAAACGAGCAGAAGCUGAUACAAGAGCAAUACUAUUAUCCGAUGGGAAAGGAGUUGCUUUUAUUGCUCAGCCAAGCUCGGGAAUACUUGGACCAUUCCAACAGAUAUCGAUUAAUGUGACUGCUUAUAACAAUAUGUGGGGAGAGUAUUCAGAUCAACUUGUCUGUACGGUUGGAGAUAUAAUCCCUAAGGAGAUUCCUAUGAAAAUGUAUGUAAAGGGAUGUCCCCUCUACUUCCAAAUGGCAGGGCCAAGACCUAAUCGUCAGACAGAAGGUCCUGCGUUAAGGUUUGGUACACAUGUGUCUGGUGGAGACACCAUUUCGAGAUGCUUGCGUAUUAACAAUCCAAGUCCCUUUGACAUCCGACUUGAUUGGGAGACAUACAAUCGAGAAGAAGAUAGCUCCAAAUUUGUAGACCUUGUGCUGUUGUAUGGAGACCCUUUCCCUCUAAAGGACAUAGAUGGGAAUGAAAUUGUGGAUUCCACUCUGGAUACCCCAGAAAGUGGCAGCUCAUCUCAAGACUGGGAUAAAAUUCCCAGUACAUCUGAGUCAUCGUUAUCAGUUUCUCUAAGAAGCCCCAGUCAAACAGUUGGCAUGGAACAGAUCACGGAGGCUGAAGAAUUGAGUGACAAUUACGAUGACCAAGAAAGAGAGUUCUCUCCGGAACAUAAAUUAAUUUCUGUCAUUCUGAGACCUCAUGAAGGAGUGGCCUCUGAUUACCCAUACUGCAUCACUCCAAGACAGACAAUUGUUCCCGCUGGAGGUUACAGUGGCAUACAUGUGUCUUUCACUCCUCUUAUGCUCUCUGGGGUCACCAAGAAGGUAGAAUGCAGUGGAUAUGCCCUGGGAUUUCUCAGCUUGGAUGACAAGUCAGCAAAACUGGUCCCUGGCAGAGUAAAAAGACAGCAUGGAUAUGGGGUAGAGCCAAUCAAAAUGGAGCUUCAGGCAUUUGUGAAGCCAGCAUUGCUCACCGUAGAAGUGGAAGACGAUGAUGAGGAAGGGCUGGUGUUUUAUUCUGUAGCAAGUGACCUCAUCCCAGACAGGAAAACCUCCCCUAUUUUAACUGACAUUGAAACCACUCGGAGCCUGAAACUGAUCAACUGCACAGAGACUCCUCUAUACUUCCGUCUGCUGCUGUCCAAACCAUUCUCUGUUUCUGCCAUUGAUCCAAACAAAAGCAUCCGGACAUCCCAGAGUGACCGCGAAGAGUGGGGAGGGCAGAUGGUGCUCCACCCACAACAAAAUACAUUGGUGAAAGUGUCCUUCUGCACCACACUGGAACUGCUGACCUACCAACAUUUUCCAGAGGAUCAGAUGCUGCCAGGAGUGACAUUGCUGCAGUCAGAGAAUGGAGAGAGGAGGCUGCACUUUUCCCAGAAGUUACUGAUAGAGUAUAGUAACAAGAGCACACAGCAAGUGGCACUGAAUGCGUAUGUCACAGUGCCAGUGCUUCAGCUAUCAAGUGGCACGGUGGAUUUUGGUACAUGCUUAGUUGGACAGACAAGGACACGAGAGGUUUUCCUCCUCAAUAAAAGUGGAUCAAAGAGCUACUGGAUGGCUCUGCUGGACAAGCAAGAAAGACACAACAACACAGAGGUAUUUUCCAUCUCUCCCAGCAGUGGGGUGCUGGAGGCUCAUGUCAGCCACACAUCUGCUAGUAAAGAGAUGUUACUAGUCACCUUCACAGCAAGGACAAACGCUGACUAUGGAACAGUGGUGACAGUGCACGGCAUGCUGGGAGAGAAGCCACAGAGACUAAUUAUUAGAGGGCGAGGAUCCUAUGAUGAGAAAUAUGAAGUUCUGCUGAAUGCAUAGCUCACCAUACAUCAGUUUUUUAAAGUAUAAAUACAUGUAAAAGUGGUUUUACAAUGUGCUGUAAAAUAUUUCUAUACUGUACCUACAGUAUUACUGAGGCUGUAUGGGCCCAUAGCAUACAGGUCACAACUACCAAAGAAACAUUUAAAUAUACCACCCCCCCAACAAAACAAAAUCAUAUAAUAAAU